CAAAACGUUUUGAUUCUAGUUUCAAGUCUUUUCAUUUGCAACAUCGGUGGCAUCAGUAUCUUCGCGUCAUGUGCUGCAACAUGGGAUUGUAGCGCCUUCAAGGCGUGAGAUCGAGAUCAGUGUCUUUAUUUUUCAGACAUGGUGCUGCUAAAUUCUGCACCAGAUUGUUCCGAAUUUGCACCGAGCAGGAAGGAAUCCGCUGAUGGGUGCGGCUCAGAAUCGGCAUCAGCUGGGAAAGAGGCUUGCAGGGGUUCGGAGACUUCGGGAGGCGCCUCUGUGGAUGGGGAUGUCCCGAUGCCAUGGUGGUACACGCCAAAGCGGCUGCUGGCGCUUUAUUGUUUUGUAUGGUUCCUGGUGUAUGUGGAUAUGGGAUUGCUGUCCAGCAAUGGUGUGACUGGAACAAGCAGCACAGACCCAAGCAACACGUCCAAGGAUGCAACAAGCCAGGGAGGCAUGCAGAGGGAUUUCCAGCUCACGUAUGCUCAGUUGGGCCUACUACCAGCGAUGUUCAUGGCGGGCCUGAUGGUGUCUUGUUUGGUUUUCAACGAGCUCUGCAACUAUGUCAAUUCUUUCCGUCUAAUUGGCGUUGGUCUGGGGAUGUGGAUGUUGGGUGCGAUAUUCACAGGGGUGUCGCAGAAUUUUGGGUUUCUCUUAUUCGCAAGAAUAUUCAUGGGGGCAGGCGAGGCAUCAGUCAUGACGCUGACUGGCCCAUUCAUAGAUGACGUGGCGCCUCCAGCGUCAAAGGCCCGGUGGUUUGCAUGGUUGUCCCUGUUUCCCAGCUUGGGAGUUGCUGUGGGCUACCUCUAUGGCAACCUAGCAACCAUCAUAAACUGGCGCAUCUGCUUCUAUAUUGAGGCGGCUGUUGCGCUGCCAGUCGUGCUAUUCUGCCUGUUUGCCACUCCAGUCCGGCUGCGGGGCAAAGAAGAGCAGACGAGUACAUCCUCAGUGGAGAAAACACCAAAAUUGAAGUGGGGCGCUCGCUUCUUGGAUGCUUGGAAAGACCUUGGGAAGGAGCUGAAGGUCCUGCACAGGCAGCCUGUCUUCCUGGCAAAUGCCUGGGGCUUUGUCCCUGUGCAAGCCUGCCUGGGAGUCUUCACAUUCUGGGGCCCCAAGGCUGCGAAGGAGAUUCUGCGCGCUGAUGAGGAUGUGAUUUCGUACCUGCUGGGAGGCAUAACUGUCGGAACGGCUGUUGUCGGCACUAUAGGAGGAGGGUGGCUCUUGGACAGGGUGGGGUCCAGCCUGAGGAAUGCCAUGACCAUUCAGCUGUGCGCCAGCAUUGUUGCGCUGAUCUUCUCCUUGUUGGCCUUUUUGACGUCGCCCUCCCUCCCGGUCUUCGCGCCUCUGCUGACGAUCGGCCUCUUGGGCGUAUUUGUCACCACGGCACCCUUGUAUGCAGUCAGCAUGUGGACGGUGCCAGUGCCUAUGAGGCCUGUUGGGCAGGCGUAUCAAGUCAUCAUCAUGCACUUGUUUGGGGAUGUUCCUUCCCCACCUAUUAUCGGCGCUAUCCAAGGCCGCCUGUUGAAUUGGAGGACGUCAAUGGCCAUCAUCGUUGCAACGUUGGGCAUAUCAAUUUCAUGCUAUUUGUUCGGAGCCCUCUACAGCCCCAGAGCUGUAGACUAUAGAGAGGAGCGAACUAGUGAAGGUAGUAAGGAUGAGGAGGCACAUAAAGUAGAGAGCUAGGGGCCACUGCCACCAAAUGGACACACUGGCGCAGGAGCCAAGAUCUCCAGAAUAGAUAGACUACUAAUCUGUGCCUUGUAGAUUCAAAACAGAAUGUAAGGUUUAGAUGUUAGGAUGCCUGAGGGAUCCGGACGCACAGCUGCUGCCAGCUGUCAGUGACUGCGAGCUAUGGCAUCAAUAUGUGGGCAUGUGCACAUAACAUAGCGCGCCUCGCGCUGCUCAAAUAAAUUCCUGAUGGCACAUGGCCAGCAGCCGAAGCACUGGCAAUGUGCCAGUGACUGGCGCUCACUGAGCCAGUGGCACCUGUCAGACUCCGACUUGGAGCCUAAUAUACUAUAUUAUUCAAUAAGUUAGACG